UUGAUGCACAGUAGUAUGGCAGCUUCCGUUUCAUCAAGUGUUUUCAAAGAACAGGUGAGCGUUUCGUAGAGUGCGUCGCGACACUUUGGAUAAGUCGACUGUGAAGAAGUUCGGUACGAAAAGUUCCGGUGUGUGGUCCAGUGUGUGACUGUGUGUGUGAGAGUGUGUCGUCGAACGCCAAUUUGAAAAUUUAAAAGAUUGACAGUGAAAUAGCUAACUGUUCUUAGGAAUCUCAUUUUUUUUCCAAUUUUGUUACGAACUUGUGUGCAAGGACAAUCGAGGUAAAGCUUCCUGCUGGGAAUGUUGAUGGACUCGCUUCUCGUUCGAGCAUCCUGUGAAGAGUUUGAAUUGCUGAUAGCUGCAUUAGCUGUAGAAAUACAAGAAAACAAUUACAUAGUUGACGAAGAAUCAGAAAAAAUAAAUAUUUCACAAGAAGGUUCUGGAUAUUUAAAGCGUGCAAAUACUGAACGCCUCCAUGAAAUAUUUAAUCAGUACGCUUCACAAGAGAAAAAUGGCGAAAGGUUUAUGACCUCGUCUGACUUUGUCCGAACUUAUCUUGGACUCUACACCAACCCUGAUUACAAUCCUGACUCCGUCAAUUUGCUGGCUGGUAUCGUCGAUACCAGUAAAGAUGGACUCAUAUCAUUCGCCGAGUUUCAAGCGUUCGAAGGAUUGCUUUGUGUACCAGAUGCUUUGUAUAAGACAGCUUUCCAACUGUUCGAUACUAAUGGAAAUGGAAUGGUUGCAUUUGAUGAGUUCGCUGAGGUGAUGCGGAAAACGGAACUCCAUCGGCGGAUGCCCUUCAAUAUGGAUAGCAGUUUCAUUAAACUUUAUUUUGGAAAGGAUAAACAGCGACUGAUAAGCUAUGCGGAGUUCAGUCAAUUUUUGCACGAUUUCCAUGAAGAAUACGCGACAGAAGCAUUCAAGAAAUUCGACAAGGAUGGGCAAGGUUUCAUUUCGGCAUUAGAUUUUCAAGAUAUCAUGCUCAGCAUUAAGAGUCAUUUAUUAACUAAGGAUGUAAGAGACAACUUGGUCGCUGCAGCUAGCACCGGACAAGGUGGACGUAGCAAAGUCAGCUUUCCAUAUUUUAUGGCGUUCAAUUCCCUCUUGAAUAAUAUGGAGCUCAUUAAACGUAUUUAUCUCAACGCGACGAAUGGCCACAGAUUCGAAGAGGUUACCAAAGAGAGGUUCCUUCAUUCCGCACAAAUGAUGUCGCAGAUUACGCCAUUGGAGGUAGAUAUUCUGUUCCAGCUAUGCGAUCUGCUACAUCAAACUGGAUCUACGGAAGAUGACGAGGCAGAUUCGCGGCUUGGGAAAAUAAUGUACAGCGAUCUUGUGGCUCUUACUCCUGAGCAAUAUUUCAAGCAAAUCACGAAACGCUUAGCAGAGAUCAAAGCGGUAUCGAGUCCUGAUGAGCGUGGAGUGAUCGUACAGAUACUCGAAAGCGGUUAUCGGUUCGUUCUAGGGUCCAUAGGUGGAGCUGUUGGCGCUACAGCCGUAUAUCCUAUUGAUUUGGUGAAAACAAGAAUGCAGAAUCAGAGGACUGGAUCGUUGGUUGGGGAGCUAAUGUAUAGAAACAGCUUUGACUGCUUCCAAAAGGUGAUCCGGCACGAAGGUUUUUUUGGCCUUUACCGAGGUUUGUUACCUCAACUGAUGGGUGUAGCACCAGAAAAGGCCAUUAAGCUGACCGUUAACGAUUUUGUCAGAGAUAAGUUCAUGGAUAAAAAAGGAAACGUGCCCCUUUACGGAGAAAUUAUAUCUGGUGCUUGUGCUGGAGGUUCUCAAGUUAUAUUUACGAAUCCUUUAGAAAUUGUGAAAAUUCGAUUGCAAGUGGCUGGAGAAAUAGCAGGCGGAUCUAAAGUUAGAGCUUGGACUGUCGUAAAAGACUUAGGCUUGUUUGGCUUGUACAAAGGUGCUAGAGCAUGUUUCUUGAGGGAUAUUCCUUUCAGUGCAAUUUAUUUUCCAGUAUAUGCUCAUACAAAGGCACGAUUAGCGGAUGAAGGAGGUUAUAAUAAUCCUCUGUCGUUAUUAGUAUCUGGUGCGAUUGCUGGUAUUCCUGCAGCAGCGCUGGUCACUCCUGCAGACGUAAUAAAAACUAGAUUACAAGUUAUAGCGAGACGAGGUCAAACGACAUAUACUGGGUUACUAGACUGUGCAAAGAAAAUUUACAAGGAAGAAGGUGCAAGAGCAUUUUGGAAAGGAGCCACAGGACUUGGCAACUUACUUCUAACCCGAGUAUUCAGAUCAUCACCUCAAUUCGGCGUCACCCUUUUCACUUAUGAACUUCUGCAAAGGCUGUUCGUAGUUGAUUUUGGUGGAACACGACCUACGGGAUCGGAGCAAAAGGUGCCUGCGAUAGGAGUGGCAGAAGAGAUUCGAUCGACUAAUCCAGACCAUAUAGGAGGCUAUCAGAUUGCCUUACCGAUCUUUACCGGCAUCGAAACAAAAUUUGGUCUUUGCCUGCCCAGGUUCCAAGCAGUAGAAAAAAUCAGAAAGUAACGUCAUCGUUUCAGCUUCAGCUAGAUGAUGAAGCUUAUAGCGACCUACUCAUCAUUACAGAAUUUCGUAUCAAAUCGCUGAAAAUUCAGACUAUCUGAGAAAAAUGAGUGAAACGAGCUCCACAGAAUCAUAAACCGAAUAAAAUGAUAAUCCGUCGAUUGAUCGAUAUGAUAAAUUCAAUCUGGAUAAACAUCAUAAGACAUAGAAUCCUUAAGAAUAAUGACAGUGUUGCAGGAUGUUAAAUAUGACACGAAAGAAAGAAAAACUUGGAAAAAGAAAGAACUUGGAAAGAUACUCCUUCAAAUACGACAUAUUACAUACGAGAGUUAAAAGUAAAGUGUUAGAUAGAAAUAUGGUGAAAAUUGCAUAUUCUAUCCGAGAUUAUUACGUAGAUUAUUAUGUCUAGUUUGUUUAACGAAAUUGACGAUAAAAAAAAGGAUAGCGUCAACACGCACAACCUUCUUCGUGAUAAUCGGUUCACCGAAAUCGAGAUAGCAAUUGUGAGAAAAUCACACACAGGGUUUAGACAAGUUAAAUACAGACGGUUUAGCCUAAAAGACAUUAUUGAAACGAGUGCAGCCUUUUUACGCUUAUGUUAUGCAAGUGUGGAGCUCGAAUGGAUUGGCGAUGCGAAGAAGUAGAUGAAGUUAUCUUCUUUGUACAUUUUCUUUUCUAUAAUCUUGUAUUUUUCACAUUUCACCCAUUGCACCCGAUUUAAAAAAACAGCGAACAAAAUACAAGCUAUACAUGGUUAGCAACGCUUAUCUCUUUUAUUAUUACUUUGCAUUAAGUAGGAUUUUCUAUGAAAAUUGAUAAACUGAAGAAAAUUGAUAAUUUAUCGAAGAAAUAUAAACGAAGAAAAUGGUGCGAAGGGUGAAAUUAGAAUUAAAAUAUUUAAUCCCAAAUCUGGUUUGAAGAGAGAAAGAGAGAAAACCGGUUCGUGCUUCAAACCUUGCUUUGUGCCGCUGUGGUCACCAUAUUACUUUUUCUACUUUUUAUAUAUGGAUCGAAGAUAUACUCGUUCGUAUAUGUAUUUGUAUCGAAGAGUUCACACUAUUUUUGUAGUGUUCUACUCAAUUGGAGCGGAAAUAGAGGUUUCAUAACAGGAUUUCUGUUUUCCUAAGAAUGUUGGCAGGUUUCAAAAUUGUCUUACCGCUUCUCUCAACCCUUUAGAAUCGCUUUUUGAGCUUUUUAUGAAGCCCCGGGAGGGCUGUACAAGUUAUUGAUCUCUAAUUUACUGAUCGACGGCUGUAGAGUUCCGCCAUGUUCGCCUAUUUUCUACUCUUCUUCUAGUCGCAACUGCCAUUCGUUUUCUUAUUUCUUUUUCGAUAUAACAACGGUAUAUUAAUUUCGUUUGAUCGAUAAUUAUUAUCUCGAUGAUAUUUGACUUUUAAUAAUAUGUAGAAUUUUGUUCAUUCUAUCGCACAGCGAGAUCAGAGGCUAUGCCGCUAUACAUUUAUUUCUUUUUUUUUAUCUAAAAUUAGUGAAAAAUAUUCAAACAUUCUGUAUCACACGAGAUUCU